AUGUGGAACUCAGACUACUACACUGCGCCACCACACCGCGUUGGUGGCACGACCGCCUCGUCGUCCGUCUCAGCGCACUCCUCUCAUCCACCACCACCACCGCCAGCUGGGGUGCUGUCGCCGGAUCUCGCGCGGCCGAUCAGUGUGCGUGAUUUGGCACAGACGCGUGCACUGGCAGGGCCCCCGCCUCGUGCCUCCGCCGCCACCUCCGCGCCGUCCUUCGGCAGUGGUCGUGAUGGGAGCCGCAGUGACUACCCCGUGCCGCUCCCCCGCACCUCCGGCGGCGGCUUCGCCGGCUUUGGUGUGCCCAAGGCGCCUGUGGUGUACGCCGCGACGAGCGGGUUGCUGCCAAGCUGGUCGUCGACGCAGCACGCAGACAGCAGCGGCGGGGCAUCGGAGCUGUCUACGCACGGCGAGGCGAGCGAUCUGACCUCUCUGGCGGAGCGCAACAUCGAUCACUUGAGCAACGACGACCUUUACAACUACGCGUCGCAUCUGCAGGACACGGCGAAGCGCUACAGCCACCACCUCGCCGAGGCGCACGCGAAGCGCGACAUGUACCGCAACCUGGUUGCGGUGCAGAAGCGCGAGCUGCAGGAGAAGUAUGUGCAGAUUGACCGCCAGCGCCACGAGCAGGAAACGGCGACGGCGGCGCUGCGGCGGCUGCGCGAGGACAACACCCAGCUGCGGGAACAGGUGGCGACGGCGGAGGGCAAGGUGCGCAACAUUGCCGCGAAAUUGUCGCUGCAAAACGGGGCUGACCCAUCUGUUGCCAUACGUGCCUAUCAGGCGCAGCUGGCCAGCAAGGAGGCGCAGGUGCGGGAUUUGAUGGAGCGUGUUGUGCACGCGUCGGCGGAGCGGCAGAGCGCGGAAGAGGCCUCGCAGCGCCGCAGCAGCGAGGGCGGCGCGAACCCUCGACAGUCCGACACCCUCGGUGCGGCAGGGACGCGGGACCACGAUCAGCAACAGCAACGGCUACAUCAGUGGCCCGAGGAAGAACACCCAUGCACUAUCGACGAGCGCGUACGCAGAGAGCUGGCAGAGGCGAAUGCAGCGGCAGCCGCCUCCGAGAUGGCGAAGUUGCAAGCCGAACUGAAUGCCCUGCAUCAACGCAACGCCGCUCUUCAGGAGCAGCUAGCAGCGCAGGACAAGACGCACGCCGAGGCGCUCGCCUCUAUGACGGCCGAGCACACGGAGCUGAAGGAGACAAUAGCGCAGUUGAAGCAAGGGCAUGCAGAGAUGCAAGAGAACGAAGACGCCCUGGUGGCCGCCCUGACGCAGCGGGCGCCGGUAUCGAAGACGGAUUUCGAGGCAUUCCAGGCCACCUACGCCGAGAUGCAGGCUGCGCUGACAAAGACGGAAGCCACUGUGGCAACGCUGCAGGCGCAGCAGAACGCGUCCGCGGUGCAGGACGGCUACAUUGAAGUCCUCCAGCAGUCGCUCGCCACCAGCCAGGCAGAGCGCCAGGAGCUGACGGAGAAGAACCGCCAGCUGCAGGCCCUCAGCGAGAACCUGCAGCGCGAGGUGCAGCUAGCGGAUACGGCAAAUCGACUGCGGCAGCAACAGCUGGAAACUGCCGUCGCGGGCGGCGAGCAGCUCGCUCAGGAGGUGCAGCGCACACAGGAGGCACGACACACGGAGGUGCAUGCGGAGAUCGUGGCACUGCGGGCGCGGUGUGCGGCGGCGGACGCGGAGCUGCAGCGCCUGCGUGCCGAAAACGAAGAGCUGAGCCGACAGAUGCAAGACGCACGCACGCAGUCCGAAACCAACCACCACGAAACACAGGAGGUAUCUGCGGACAACACGCGAGAAAGGUCAGCGUUGGAGGCGGAGCUGGAGACGCUGCGGAACGCCCGUGAUAACCUCGUCGUGAGCCGUGACUCGCUGCUGGGCGAAUUGCGCGAGCUUGAGGAGCGGCGACAGACUGCGGAGCGUGACGCGCCCCAGCAGUCCACCAAUGCUCAACAUGCGUCAGAAACUCACACUACUGUUGCUGCUGCUGCGGCGGCGUCUUCAGUGCAGCACGACCGAGACACCGCAGAGGACACGGCGAUGCUGCAAGCAGCGCAGCAGUGCAUUGAAGCUCUGGAACGCGACCUCGAGACUACAAACUCCGCCCACGCCCGUAUGGAGGUGGACAUGCAGGUGCAGCUGCGUGCGCUGGAAACGAAGAUGGCAGAGCAGGCAGAUGCCCUCCGUAGUGCCCAGGAGCAACAGAAGCGUGAUGCGGAGGCCUACCACAACCGCACGAUUGCCGCUGCCGCCGAGCAGAAGCACCUGGAGGAGGUCAUCCAGGCCCUGAAAGAGGAGUUAGAGUUUACGCAGACCCAGAAUCGCGAGCUACGCCAGUCGGAAAGCGCGUCUAGGGGGCUGUACACAUCCCAACUGCGGCAGGCGGAGCAGCUGCGAGAGCGCGUGGUGGAACUGGAAAGGCGCGCGAGCGACGUGCGAGGACACGAGCUGACACCGCCCUCCACGCAGCCGGCGUCGGUGGGCACUUGUGGCAGCACCACCGCGGAUGCGCCGGACGCCAAGAUGAACCCAUCAACGAUGUCGGUGGCGAUUGACCGGCUCGCGCAGCAGCUCGCCGAGGCGCAGGACCGUGUGCACACUCUUGAGACUGAGAGGCAUCGACAGGCAGAGGCGUUACAGCGGGUACAGCGCGUUGCGGCGACGCUGGAAGACCGCUCUGUUUCAGAGGAGCACAGCAGCAAGGCUGCCGGCAGUAGUGCGACAUCCACACGCCCAUCUGCUCAAAAGGGUACGUGCCGAUACGCCAACGGAGUGAAAGAGGGGAUCGUGGCGGAUCAGGUGGCGACUCUCAUAGCGCAGCAGGACGCCGCCGCUCAUCAAACAGCGCAACUACGCGACACACUGGAGGCAGCCGAGGCGCGCACCUCUGCCGUUGCCACAGAACGCGACGCGGCGCAGCAGCGUGCGGCUGCCGCCGAGGAGGAAGUGCGCGUCGCCCGAGCCGCGCUAGAAAAGAUGGCCGCCGAGCUGUCCGACUCUGCACACCGCGUGGAUGAGCUCUCGGCCGAUAUCGGAGAACUGGCGACCGUGAAGGCGCAGCUUGCUGCGGUGCAGCGGCGUGCAAGCGUGGCUGAGGACGAGCUUUCAGCAGCAAAGGCGGUGCUUGACCGAUUCACGAAGGAAGUUUCAGGUGUGACCCGCUGCGCCAACAACGUCGAUGCCGUCAUGGCUGCAGUCGAAGCUCAAUGGGACGCCGUGCAGCAGCGCGAGGAUGCCUCUGAGGCGGAGCUCCGCACCGCCAAAGCUGCACUGGAACGUGUGGUGGAAGAGGCGUCGGCCUCUGCUCAGCACGCCAGCAGUCUCGCGGCGGCGACCUCUCAGCUGGAGGCAGACAAGACGCGUCUGACAUCGGAGCGCGACGCGAUGCAGCAGCGUGCAGCUGCCGCCGAGGAGGAAGUGCGCGUCGCCCGAGCCGCGCUAGAAAAGAUGGCCGCCGAGCUGUCCGACUCUGCACACCGCGUGGAUGAGCUCUCGGCCGAUAUCGGAGAACUGGCGACCGUGAAGGCGCAGCUUGCUGCGGUGCAGCGGCGUGCAAGCGUGGCUGAGGACGAGCUUUCAGCAGCAAAGGCGGUGCUUGACCGAUUCACGAAGGAAGUUUCAGGUGUGACCCGCUGCGCCAACAACGUCGAUGCCGUCAUGGCUGCAGUCGAAGCUCAAUGGGACGCCGUGCAGCAGCGCGAGGAUGCCUCUGAGGCGGAGCUCCGCACCGCCAAAGCUGCACUGGAACGUGUGGUGGAAGAGGCGUCGGCCUCUGCUCAGCACGCCAGCAGUCUCGCGGCGGCGACCUCUCAGCUGGAGGCAGACAAGACGCGUCUGACAUCGGAGCGCGACGCGAUGCAGCAGCGUGCAGCUGCCGCCGAGGAGGAAGUGCGCGUCGCCCGAGCCGCGCUAGAAAAGAUGGCCGCCGAGCUGUCCGAUUCUGCACACCGCGUGGAUGAGCUCUCGGCGGCCAAGGCGUGCUGGGAGAGUGAGAAGAGGCAGCGGGAUGCGGAACUAGCCCGCCUGGAGUCCACCGCUGCGGAGUGGGAGACACGCACGGCCGACGUAGAGCGCCGCAGUGCGGAAGCUGCCGCUGCAUCCGAGAAGCGCAUUGCAACCCUCGCCGCAGAAGCCGCCGCACUGGAGAAGGAAACCGUUCGACUGAAAGCGCGGCUGUCCGCGGCGCGCGGUGCUGUCAGCUCACUGGCGGAAGACUGCACGGACGUGAACACCCAAACGGGCGACCUGACGCGGCACGUCGAGCGAGAGGUAGAGCAGCGCAAGUCAGCGGAGGCGAUGCUGUCGGCUCUGAAGAGGGAACUGGUCACUGCGCAGGCGGCUGUCGUGCAGUUGACGGAAGACCUGGAGAUGCGUGCGGACAACGAUGCGGCUAUGCGAGCAACCUUGAAAGCUGAGGAAGAGGCGUUUGCCUUGCUGAAGUCGGAGCGCGACGCGGCGCAGCAGCGUGCGGCUGCCGCCGAGGAGGAAGUGCGCGUCGCCCGAGCCGCGCUAGAAAAGAUGGCCGCCGAGCUGUCCGAUUCUGCACACCGCGUGGAUGAGCUCUCGGCGGCCAAGGCGUGCUGGGAGAGUGAGAAGAGGCAGCGGGAUGCGGAACUAGCCCGCCUGGAGUCCACCGCUGCGGAGUGGGAGACACGCACGGCCGACGUAGAGCGCCGCAGUGCGGAAGCUGCCGCUGCAUCCGAGAAGCGCAUUGCAACCCUCGCCGCAGAAGCCGCCGCACUGGAGAAGGAAACCGUUCGACUGAAAGCGCGGCUGUCCGCGGCGCGCGGUGCUGUCAGCUCACUGGCGGAAGACUGCACGGACGUGAACACCCAAACGGGCGACCUGACGCGGCACGUCGAGCGAGAGGUAGAGCAGCGCAAGUCAGCGGAGGCGAUGCUGUCGGCUCUGAAGAGGGAACUGGUCACUGCGCAGGCGGCUGUCGUGCAGUUGACGGAAGACCUGGAGAUGCGUGCGGACAACGAUGCGGCUAUGCGAGCAACCUUGAAAGCUGAGGAAGAGGCGUUUGCCUUGCUGAAGUCGGAGCGCGACGCGGCGCAGCAGCGUGCGGCUGCCGCCGAGGAGGAAGUGCGCGUCGCCCGAGCCGCGCUAGAAAAGAUGGCCGCCGAGCUGUCCGAUUCUGCACACCGCGUGGAUGAGCUCUCGGCGGCCAAGGCGUGCUGGGAGAGUGAGAAGAGGCAGCGGGAUGCGGAACUAGCCCGCCUGGAGUCCACCGCUGCGGAGUGGGAGACACGCACGGCCGACGUAGAGCGCCGCAGUGCGGAAGCUGCCGCUGCAUCCGAGAAGCGCAUUGCAACCCUCGCCGCAGAAGCCGCCGCACUGGAGAAGGAAACCGUUCGACUGAAAGCGCGGCUGUCCGCGGCGCGCGGUGCUGUCAGCUCACUGGCGGAAGACUGCACGGACGUGAACACCCAAACGGGCGACCUGACGCGGCACGUCGAGCGAGAGGUAGAGCAGCGCAAGUCAGCGGAGGCGAUGCUGUCGGCUCUGAAGAGGGAACUGGUCACUGCGCAGGCGGCUGUCGUGCAGUUGACGGAAGACCUGGAGAUGCGUGCGGACAACGAUGCGGCUAUGCGAGCAACCUUGAAAGCUGAGGAAGAGGCGUUUGCCUUGUUGAAGUCACAGCACGACGAUGACCGCGCCGAGCUUUCAGAGGUGCGACGACGCGGCGAGGAGCUGCAAAGACUGCUGGACACCACGUUGGAUCGUCUUGCGCAGGAAGAAGAGCUCGUGAAGGGUCUCAACGACAACGCGGCGGAUCUGCACGCCGAACGCGCUGCGCUGACGGAGGAGGUGGUGACGGUGCGAUUGGCCUUGGAAACGGUUGUGUUGGAGCGUCAGGACAUACAGGAGCGGCUCGAUGCGGCGAAGCUGGGCUUGGAGCAGACGGCGGAGCUCUAUAAUGAGCGCAUUCUCGAGGAUGAUCGUCUGCAGGAUGAGCUGGACGCGGUCACGCAGGCGUUCUCAGCGCAAACGAUGCAGGUGAAGCAGGGCAUGCGCCACAUGCUGCAGAUGUCAGCGGGCUUUCAUGAUGCGCUGGAGGCUGUGAUGGCGCUGGCAGCUGCGACGGUGAAAGCCGCCGCCGACUUGGCGGCAUCGUGCACUGCCGCCUCGACGAAGACGAUGACACACGGCAGCACGGAAAGAAAGCCCGCGCAGGCGACGCAAGACAAGUUUCGUGCGGUGACGGCCAUCAACGCCGCGUUGACACCGUGGUCUGCGGCGCUGGAGUGGGUGGCAACCAUGCAACGGCGCGUGCAUGCGCUGGAGGGCAGUAGUGCAGACUCAACGGAAAGCCCCGACCGCAUUUCCGCUGCGCUCUCCGACGGUGCAAACGACCCAUCACACAUGCCAUUGUCGGUUUCUUUGGCGGCUGCGUCGACCGUCGCGGAUGCGGCCAAGGCUCGAGGAGCGUUGACGGACUUUGUGGAGUUGCAAGAGGCGUUGUUGACGCAUCUGCGCAGGCUAGGACACGCGCUCGAUGAACGCGACUACGAACUGCGCUUGCUGCGCUCCGCCGUGGAUGAGAUGGCCAAUAGCAACGUAGCCGAGAAGGAGCGGGCGGAUCACCUUCUGGAAGCAAUUCAAGACGCCAAAAACCACGUCUCGCUGGCGGAGAAGGAAUUUGACGAUCAACUGCAGCUGCGGUCGGAGGCGGUCGCGGCAGAGCUCGUCGUCGCGCGUCGCGCGGAGGAGCGCGCCACCGACGCCCGCCUGCGUGCCGAGUCGCAGCUCGCCGCGGUGGGGGCGGAGCUGACGGAUGCGCUGGCGGCGUUGCACAAGACGGAAGAGGAGAGGCGGAAGAUGUCGCGGGAGGUGGAGCGGCUGUCGCGCUUCUCGGCGCGUUUGGCGGACCCCGGCGCCCGCGUUCACAGCGGCGGCACCGUCGGCAGCGUUACACCACCGUCCUCCGGCCUCUUCGCCGAGGGCGUGUCGAACCACUACACCAUGACUGCCUCCGCAGUGGAGGCACUGGAGCAAGCCCACCUCUUACAGGUGUCCAGCCUGCAGCAGGAACUCUUGCUGAGUCGUCGGCAGAUACGCGAGCUGGAGAGGCAGGAAGUCAUUCUGCGCCAAGCGAACGUGACGCUUGAGCAGCAGGUGAGCGAUCUACGCGCUGACGCCGAGGAGGCGGUCGAUCUGCGCGAGGAAGUGGCCCGAUUGCGGGCUGAAAAUGCCGAUUUAGAGGAGAAGAUAGAACAGCUGGAGCGCAUACUGGCGGCAUCGGGCGGUGGCGUAGCACACGAGGUAAAGCAACUCCGUCAGCAGCUCAAAUUGCGCGAGGCGGAGCUGGAGGAGGAGAAGGCGCGGAUGCAAGGCCUUUUGGUCAGCAAAACCGCACCCGAGUUUGCGGCAGCGCGGCGACAAGCGGCGCUGCGGGAAAGCCUGAGCGGCAUCACCACGCAGCUCGCGGCUACGCAGGCGCAGUACAGCAGUGGCCGCUCCCCCCGCGGCAGCCUCUCAGCCGCGUUAAGCUCAAAUUCGGCUGCAACGUCGGCCUCACCACUCGACGUGCUGAGCAAACGCAUUGAUCAUCUGCAGUCCGCCAUGAAGGAGCGCGACGCGUUGAUCGAAAAGAUGAAGGCUGCACAGCUGCAGUCGCACGUCACUGUCGACGGCUUGGAGGAAAGGCUCUCCGAGAAGGCCGCCGCACUAGAGCGGGCGAAUGCUCUCGUGACGCACUACGCCGAAGCGCUGGACGGGUUGCGCGCGGCGAGGGUGUCCGCGGCAGCCCGGACGCUGCCGUCGCGAGGCAACACCCACAGCUCCUCUGCCGCUCAAUCGCCGCCGCCCGCUGCGAGGGCGCCACCCACACCGCUUGCCCUGCAAACGUCGGUGGACAGCAACGUGAAGGGAGGGGUCGGGGACUCGCCGCAACACAUGACGGCACCGGUGCCGUCGCCUGCUCCACGCAUGCCGCAUCUCGCCGCGGUGGAGGCGGAGGCGGAGGUGGAGGGCUCUCUCACCCCCCCGGCCACGUCGCGCCGCCGCACCGGCGCAACGGGGGAGAGUAGCAGUCGUGAUGGACGCCGUUCGCGCGGAACGCGGAGCACGUCCUCCAGCGACGCCUCAUCGGCUCAUCGAUCGCCUCCCGCUUCGUCGGGCACGAGAGAGGGAGCUUCUCACCGGAAGCGCACUCGUUGA